CCUUUCCCGAAACAUAAUUCAAUUCGAUGGUAGUAAUAUUUUGUAGGCGGACUUGAGAGUUUCGGCCCGUUAUAUUUUUUGUCAGCCGAACGUGAUUUACAAGGAGGAAGCGAGUGGGCUGUUUCUUCAUCGUCACCACUUGAUCUACAAUCUCCUUUGUUUCUAUUUUCACAUUGUUCGCCGGAACUGCAGCGCCAACCACUGGGAAUUGGGUCGCCGCCGUGGGUAUGAGUAUCUGGUGGCGGAAAAGCGAGCUUCCGCUUCUUGUCCUCUAUGCCGUUGUCUUUUACGUCUACGUCAUUCGUCGUUCCCUCAACCUCUCUCACGAUUAUUUUCACCAAGCCAGGGGUUUAGUUCCAGGAUGGAUUCCUAAUCAGUUUAAUGAUGUAUCUGAUGCACAAUGGAGAAAUUUCCGUGGGAAUUUACCGAUUCUUACUUUUGUAUUAGGGAUUUUUACAAUGGUGGCCAACAUGCUCAGAGCACACUAUAACUUGAAAGCAAAGGGGAUGUCCAUAGUUUGGCUUGUGAUUUCAUGGAUAUAUCUAGCAUACUUGCAUGGAGCUUUCAUUAUAUUUAUCCUAUCCAUUGUGUCAGCUAAUUAUCUUCUAGUUAAGAUAUUUGGGCGAAGGAAGUACUUCCUGUUUGUACUUUGGCUUUUUAAUCUCACAUUUCUAUUAAGCAACCGUAUCUAUACGGGGUAUUCAUUUUCUGUUUUUGGGAAACAAUGGGCUUACCUAGAUAAGUUUCGGGGGGCUUUUAGAUGGUAUAUCUGCUUUAACUUUGUUGUGUUACGUAUGCUAAGCUUUGGUUACGACUACCAUUGGGCAAAUUGCAAUCGUUUUGAUCAAAAGAAACACAUUCAAAGAUGUGAUCAAUGUUCAUCAGGAAAGACAUGCUAUUUACUAUUACAGGAGAGAAGCAUUCCAGAUGAUAGGUUCUCUUUCAAUAUAUACCUUUGUUAUUUAGCUUAUGCGCCUCUUUAUAUCGCUGGGCCAAUCAUAAGCUUUAAUGCAUUUGCUUCACAGCUAGAUACACCACAAAAGAAUUUUUCAUUACAAAAGGUCGCUUGGUAUGGGUUUCGCUGGGUUAUGAGUCUUUUCCUAAUGGAGCUAAUGACACACUUUUGCUACUACAAUGCCUUCGCACUCAGUGGCUUGUGGAAAAAUCUAUCUCCUGUGGAUGUCUUCAUAAUUGGAUAUGGGGUACUGAAUUUCAUGUGGCUCAAGUUCUUUCUCAUAUGGCGCUACUUCCGGUUCUGGGCGCUGGUGAGUGGUAUUGAGACACUUGAAAAUAUGCCGAAGUGUAUAAAUAAUUGCUAUAACUUGGAAAGCUUUUGGAAAAACUGGCAUGCUUCCUUUAACAAAUGGCUUGUUAGGUACAUGUAUAUUCCUCUUGGGGGUUCUCAACGAAAGCUUGUAAAUGUGUGGGUGAUCUUCACAUUUGUUGCCAUAUGGCAUGAUUUGGAGUGGAAGCUUCUCUCAUGGGCAUGGUUAACAUGUAUAUUUUUUAUACCUGAGAUGAUAGUGAAAUCAGCUGCAAAUACGCUUAAGGUGGAAAGCAUGUUCGGGGUGGUUAUCUGGCAUGAACUUCAAGCAGUUUCUGGAGCAAUUACCAUCACCUGUCUCAUGGUCGCCAACCUCAUUGGUUUUGUUAUUGGACCAUCAGGCAUUAAUUGGUUGUCUUCUGUGUUUUUCAAGAGAGAAGGAUUACCUGUUCUUGGUGGCUUAUUCCUUACAUUUUAUGUUGGAACCAAGCUUAUGAUCCACAUUUCUGAUGCCAAACAAAAGCGGUUUUGAAAGUGAAAAUAUAGAGUGUGCGGCCAAUGCCAUGGGGGAAGAGUUUCUUUUUGUGCUAACAUGCUAUGCUUAUUAGUUCUGGAGAUCAGUUGAUGUUGCUAAGUGUAUCCCUACGCAGUUGUGUAUUUGACUGGAGGUUCUGACUACAGUAUGUGGCCAAUGCCAAUGCCACUGGGGAGGAGUCCUUUUUGUGCUAACAUGUUAUGCUCGUGAGUUCUGGACAUUAGGUGCUGUUGCUAAGUGUAUUCCUGCACAGGUGUAGAAUGUGUUGCUUUCAGCUUUUCUCAGGAAUGCAUUACAAGCACAUAGAAUGUAAUUUAGCAAAUUUGCAAAUGCUGAUAACUGAGAAGAAUGAACCAAAAGAGUCUGAUCACUGAUGUGUUUGACUUGACUCAAAAAAGUUACUUAUUACUUGUGAGUAAAAAGAUUUAUUUGUAA